AUGGGUUGCGGAACGUCAACGUAUCUGACAUGUCGCCUCGCCGAUAACAUCGAUGUGAGAAGCAAACUGAAAUGUGGCAAAUUCUUUUUGCACGAGCCGAACACAUCCUCAUCGAGUGGCAGCAAUUCAUUCAGUUCAGCAAAAGCAGAAUUCGACGAAAUGGUUGACUACGACUCUAUCGAUAAGGCAUCACGAGUGAUCAGCAGUGGCGCGGUGGCUGCAACGCAAAAAGAUGAUGCGAAUGUCGAGUUGAAGAUAUUACGACCAACAGCGUUGUGUAUACGUGACGAAGCGAGGAUGACAAUUGUAAGCCUUGGAAUAAUAGUAACGAUUUGA